GAGGCUGUCUUUCACUGCUAUCUAUGGCAAUACGAAAAGCGACAUUCCGGCAUUGGCUGCAGACCAACCGUUUGGUAAUAUUCCGCACAGAGCAAUUGCUUGCUUGAGUGAGCGAUGGCUCUUCGGCUGCUUCCUUCCACAACGGGGAACUCACUGGGGCUGCCGUCAACGCUCUCCCAAGGAUUUAGGAUCCGGUUCUGUGGUAGUCUUCACCUCGCCUUUCCCAAUCAUUCCCCGUCCUCCCUGCCAUUACUUCGGGUCGAAGCGAGGAAUGAUUCCCGAAAAGAGAGCGCAAAGACAAGGAACCGUAGGAUGCAAAGAAAGUACAAUGGCUCGGCUACGAAGCCCAGGCUCUCUGUUUUCUGCUCCAACAAACAACUAUAUGCAUUGCUGGUUGAUGAUCAAAACAAGAAGACUCUUUUCUAUGCCAGCACAUUGCAAAGAUCCAUUCGUGGAGAUCCUCCAUGUACCAGUAUAAUGGGGCUUUCUCCAAUUUGAAGAGAAUGUCUCCCAAGUAAGAACAAGGGAGAAGGAUUACUACUAAAUUAAUUGCAAAGAUCCAUUCGUGGAGAUCCUCCAUGUACCAGUAUAGUAAGUGAACCUAAACAUUGCAGGUGCUCUUUUCUCCUUUGAGGAAUUUUGCACCUCACCAUUCCUUAUCUGUUCUAAUUCAUGACUGUUGACUUUCAUAUCUUUUGUUGUUUAUUCGACAAAGAUAUCAACUAAAUUGAGAUCAUUUGAUGAUUAAUAUGUGAUAAGAUAUGAUCCUCCCAAGUAAAAACAAGAGAGAAGAAUUACUAGUAAAUUAAUUGCAUAAAGAUACAUACAUACAUACAUACAUAAAUAAAUAAAUAUAUAUAUAUAUAUAUAUACAUAUAUAUA